UCACAUCUGACGGCCGGACUCUGAAAGAGAAGACACCACACACAAAAUGACAGCAGCCGACACAUACACAUGACGUUCAUCCCCCACGUGUGUUUGUGAGUAUUGGUCUUACCAUGCCCUCCAUCCUCACCUGCCAGCUCCAGCCCUCUAAACAGGCGCUCCUCAGUCCCCUCCUCGUCCACCUGCCUCUCCGCCUCUCUCUCUCCCGCCUCCUCCCUCCCGGCCAGGCCGUCCGAUGUGCCGGGCGACUCUCCCUCAUCGGCUGUCUUGUUGGCGGUGUCGGCGCCCUCCUCUGCCGGCGACGCGUCUUCUCGCCUGACGUCCUUGACCAGCGGCUCCCCCACCAUCCCCACACCCUCGACAACAAGCCCGUUGGUCUCGCCAUGGCCUGACACAUCACCGGCAUCCUCGGUGGCUUGGUUGGGGUCGGCGAGAGGCGAUGGGAUGGAUGCUCGUGUGGUGGUGCCCCAGUGGGCAUCGAGAAUGCGUUCCUCCAUCUGCAUCAGCCGCCCGUCCAUGGUGACGAGGCCCUGGGGCAGCCGCUCCAUCCGCUCCCACGGCAUGGGCCUCACGCAGUCCACCACCAGCUCCCGCAUCAUCACUCCCACCUCUCUCGCCCACUCCAUGCAUGGCUCUGUCCGCAGGAAGAGCGAUGGAGGCGUCGGUGCUGUUGACGCGCUCGACUGGGCGGGAGGUGGGAGGACCUUUGGCAGCCGAUCGGCCCAGCUGAGGCCGUUCUCGAUGGCCACUCGGAGGCGCAGCUGGUGGAUGGUGCUGGGCUGCUCGGUGGUCUGGAAGGACUCGCGAAUGCGCUCCAUGUACUCCUGGAGUACCUCCCCCAUCAGCACAGAAAGGGCCUCCAGCCCCACGCCGAAGAUGAUGGCCGCCUCACCCACCCACAUCUUGGCCUGGUCUGGUAGGUAGAGCCCCCUGUCCUGCAGCAGACGCAGCUGCUCCUCCAGCUUGCCCUCCAGCCGGUCCAUCUCCCCCUCAUCGGUGAUGCCGCAGCCGCUCUCCCACCCAUCGACCGACACGAAGUCGACCUCACUGUCCGCCUCCUGCUCGUGCCUCGUGGCGCGCUGCCCGGCCCAUCCCUUGGCCAGCAUCAGGGCGAACUCAGGUGCGUGGUGGUGUGGGGUGAUGGUCCACAGGUUCUCGUCCUCUGUCUGGUCCUCCUCGCUGACGCUGGCCAAGACGGGCAGCCGACCGAUGGUGUUGGGCAGCUGCUGGCUGGUCGGCUUGGCAGUGAGGGCGUGGCCCAGGUCGAUCAUGCGCAGCUCCUCGCAUGCGAUGCUGCUGUUGCUGUUGGUGACGGUGGGGGCCGGCUCGCGGAUGAGCAGCUCCUGCGGGUCUGCCGUGAGCCUGGCUGCCGGCUCAACCAGCCUGCCGUCCAGAGGGCCGACGACCGGUGGGAUGCGCUGGAGCAUGGGCAGCAGUGCAUCGCUGGACAUGUUGUCCUCGGCGAGGACGCCCAGCAGAAUGGCCGCAUUAUGCAGCCGCACCAUGCCCCGCAGCGCCCGCACCUGGAUCAGGGCGACCUCCUUGAGCAGGGCCUGGAUGUUGGGGCGAUGCAGGUCGGCGCUCCUGCUGACGGCCGUGGUGAUGGCAGCGCAUUUGGCAGCGAUGUCCUUGAAGUCGCCAUACUUAGCUGAGUGAAAUGCCAAACACACAUACAGCACGGUCAGGGAUGAGGGUGUUUCUGAUCGAUUGUUCAGUGCGAGUGUGCAGUGUGUGAGUGGCCUCGUCUUACUCAUAUCCAGCUUGGGCAUCCGAAUGGCGAACACCCUCUGCAUGGCCGCGACCUCCUGCUGUGUGAUGGGGACGUUGUUGGCCAGCGGCGACUUGAACAUGGCUGUGGCGCCGUCGACGUCCGUGUGUGCGGCGAGGACGGGCAGGAAGGGCCUGUGGCCCUCAGGGAUGCCGAGCUCCUCACACUUGGCCGUCACCGCCUCCAUCACGCGCCUCUCCUGGCAAAGCGCCAGCCACUUGAACUCCUCCACCUCCGACAGGCACGCGUGUUCUUCGAUGCGCACUGUCUUCCAGAUGCUGUCGAGGGCAUCCGUGGUGGUGAGGAUGCUGGCGUUGUUGCCGCCACCGUGCUCGUUGAUGAAUCCGGACGGCGGGUUGGGCAGUGCGGCGCCGAACACGGGCGUCUGGUCCUCCUCGUUGACGCGCACCUCCUUCAACACGUGCAACAUGAUUCUCUCUCACGCCAACAAGGGGCAGC